ACGGUUGUUCAUUCUCUCAUUAGUCAUUACCGCAUAGUCGAUGUUCGUACUGCACUAGUGCUCGUCGCUCUUAGUGGGUUCUCGCCGCUGUAGGUAGUCGGUGCUUCGCGCUGUGUUUUUUUUUCCUUCCCGCCGACGAUUAAUAACCCGAAUGAUGUAGGCGUACUCGGAAAACGUCUUCCACGCGCUUUGAAUCUUAUUGUCCCGGCAAUUCGUUUUGUGUCAGUCCGUGUCUGUGCACUCGUGAUGUGAACGAAAAAUACGGAUCCCUCGAAAUACCUAGGUAGCUGUGGCAUGGAGUCGUGUGUUCGUCGGAGACUAUGAUCGUUUCGUAUAGGUAGUAUAACUGUUUGAUACGAUCAUGUUGAUUGCAUACUUGCUGUUCGUAUCAACUCUGUUGUACGAAUCCGCGAUUUGCAACGCCAAGAAAGACUGUUACAAGAAAUGCAAAUGUCUCGGCUCGUAUGUCGAUUGUAGCAAAAAAAUGAUGAACACAUUUCCAGAAGCGUUACCCCCGUGGAUGGAAACUUUGGAUUUGAGCUUAAAUAAAAUUGAUGGAACUAUGACAAUCGAUACUAAUAGUUACUUACUUCUAACAACAUUGAAACUUACUAAGAACUCAAUCUCAUCUUUUCCAAUAUUUGUAAACAAAUCAAAUAUCAAUAAUUUAAAUUUAGCACAUAAUAAAAUAGAAAAAUUGGAGGCUUUAGAGAAUUUACCUAGCUUAAAAAAUUUAGACAUGAAUAAAAAUAAAUUGGUAUUUUUGGAUGAUAAUUCUUUUCCACAGUCUCCACACUUAAAAAUACUAAAUUUAAACAAUAAUUUAAUCACCAACUUAAGUGCAAAUUGCUUGGACACAUUGACAAAUUUAGUAGAAUUAAAAAUAUCUCAUAAUAAGCUCAACAAUUUACCUGGAGGAUUAUUCAAAAAACUUAAAAACCUUGAAUUACUCGAUUUAAGUAGAAAUCACAUAACUGUCAUUCAUGGUUUAUUAUUUAUGGACUUAGUGAAUUUGAAAACAAUGAUACUUCGACAAAAUCAAAUUGAAGAUUUACAAGAUGGAUCAUUUUUUGGUUUAAUAAAUUUACAAUCAUUACAUUUAGAAGAUAAUAAUUUGAGCAAAAUAUCCAAAGGCUGGUUAUAUGGUUUGAAUUCACUUGUCUACUUAAAUAUAAGUUAUAACAGAAUAGAUCAAAUCAAAAGCGGAUGGGAAUAUUGUGCAGAGCUUGAAGAAUUGGAUUUGUCCUAUAAUAAACUACAGUACAUUGAAAAAAGUAAUCUAGAAAAUUUAAGGAAAUUACAAAAAUUACAUUUAAAUAAUAAUAGAUUAUCUUUCAUUGAAGAAGGAUCUUUCAAUAAUACACCUAUGAUACAAAUACUUCAAAUGGAUCACAACUAUUUGUCAUGGCUUAUUGAAGAUGCAAAAGAAACUUUUAUCGGUCUAAGAAAUUUGAAAAAAUUAAGUUUAGCUAAUAACAAAAUAUUAUUCAUUAAAAAAGAAGCAUUCUCUGGUUUAGACAACCUAGAUGAAUUAAAUUUACUUCAAAAUAAUGUCCUAGAAAUUCAGGAUGAAGCAUUCAAAUAUAUGCCUAAUCUUGAAUAUCUAUAUUUAAAUAGUUCUUCACUUGUAUGUGACUGCUCAAUGUCAUGGCUUAAACAACCAAAUAUAAUUGAAAAUUUACCAUUUGAUUACAUAAAUGCAUUUUGUGGCUUCCCAGAAAAAAAUAAAGGAAAAAAUUUGAAAGAAAUAUCCUUAACAGACUUCUCAUGUCUUGAGAACAGUCCAAAACCCAUGAUAAUAUUCCAUCCUGAAUCGAAAAUGGUUCUCGAAAGGCAAAACAUUACCUUAAAAUGUGGAGUAAAUUCUUCAUCAACUGAAAAAAUUAAUUUUAUCUGGAAAAAAGAUAACCACGAUUUGGAAUUGAUUUCUACAAACCAUUACUCAACCUUAGAGUUUAAUGGUAUGACACAAUUUUCUGUUUUAAACUUGUAUAAUAUAUCAAUGUCCCAAAGUGGUAAAUAUCAAUGUGUUGCUUCUAAUGAAUUUGGUAUUACUUAUUCUAAUCGUUCAGUUUUAUCAGUUGUUGUUUAUCCAUUUUUUGCUAAAGUCCCCGGAAAUAGUUCGGUAAAGACUGGCCUUACUGCUAAAUUAGAAUGUGCUGCAAAUGGAUAUCCAGCUCCUCAAAUAUCUUGGCAAAAAGAUGGGGGAACUGAUUUUCCAGCAGCACAAGAACGCCGUAUGAAAGUAAUGGCUAGAGAUGAUGUAUUUUUAAUUGUUGAUGUAAAAUUAGUUGACAUGGGCAUAUAUAGCUGUACUGCCAAAAAUGUUGCUGGAAUGAUAGCUGCAAAUGCAACACUUAAUGUUUUAGAACCCCCUUGGUUUAAAAGUGAAAUGUCCAACAAACAAGUUAGGGUUGGCGAAGAAGUCGUUUUAGAAUGUUUAAGUUAUGGAUCUCCAAAACCAAAAAUAAAAUGGAUGAAAGAUGGUGUAUCUCUUACCUUGAGUAAUAGACACUUUUUUACUGCCGAAAAUCAACUUUUAGUUAUAAUGGAAACAAAUACAGAUGACUCUGGCACUUAUCAAUGUGAAAUAACUAAUUCUUUAGGAGUAAAUAGUCAAAAAGUUGAUGUUCUAGUUAUGCCAUUGUAUCGAAGUUUAAUUCACGAAUAUACUCUCGGAGUGGUUGUCAUAGUUAUAAUUAUGUGCAUUAUAAUUAUAUCAGCAAUUUGGGUAUUUUUUGUGUAUAGAGCAAAACGCCCUUCAUCAAAUUUAAUCAAUAGUGCCGAUAAUAAAUCAUUGGAUUCUUCAAACAGCAAAGAUAGUGGUACUGGUGAAUCCACUAAAAGAAGUCAAGAACAAUUAUUUAAUGAAAGUUUGAAUGCGUGUCAAAAGAUGAAUAAUAAUGUAGGCAAUUUAUCACCUGAAAUAAAUUUGCCACUACUAACACAUGCUUCUGUUAUUCUUGGCGAAAAUUCUGUCAAGUACAAGCAUUCACAUACAGCUUCUCCUGUCCAAUUAUCAACUACAGAAACACAUGAAACUGUCGACGACCAAAUAAAAUGUGUUAAAACAUCUGAAAAACCAUGUUCUAUACCAGUUCCACUGCCAAACGAGACUCAGGAUUUACCUACAAUUGUUCAACAGUCAAGUUCCCAUGUUUGCUUGCAUGAUCCAACUGUUGGCCCUUGUUAA